AGUUGAAGUCCAUUCUAAGUGGUUGGCUGCCUUUGGAGAAUUUACUCUUCAGAUCCAGGGGACCAGCCACAAUGAAAAGCCUUGAGAUAAUCUGUUGCCUUUUCAUCGUCAUCUUUGCUUUAGCAGUCGCUCAUCCACUGCCAGACAAUGUUUUGGAACAGGUAGAAGCAAAAGAGGAUCCCACAGCGCCAGCACUCCUUUUUGAAGAUCCCACAGCGUCAGCACUCGUACUAAAGGAUCCUUCAAAGCCAUCACCUCUUUUAAAGGAUCCUUCAAGGCCAUCACUUCUUUUAAAGGAUCCCACAGCUCCAGCACUUUUUGAAGAUCCCACAGCGUCAGCACUCGUACUAAAGGAUCCUUCAAAGCCAUCACCUCUUUUAAAGGAUCCCACAGCGCCAGCACUUUUUGAAGAUCCCACAGCGUCAGCGCUCAUACUAAAGGAUCCUUCAAAGCCAUCAGCCCUUUUAAAGGAUCCCACAGCACCAGCACUCCUUUUGGAAGAUCCCACAGCGCCAGCACCAGCACUUGUACUAAAGGAUCUUUCAAAGCCAACACCCCUUUUAAAGGAUCCCACAGCACCAGCUGAUCUGCAGAAGCUCCCCGCUGGUGGCAAUGCUCCUUCUUCAGAUAUGAGCCAGGAUGAUCUCCAGGAACAGCAGGACUCUGAGGCAAUUAUGCUCUCUGAGGAAGCUUUAGAGGCUAUCUUACAUGAUGAAGCUCAAGAAAGUGAACUUCAGAAAGAAGAAUAGGGAACCUGUAUUACUGCGUUCCCUCAAUGGUUGUCAGAAUGACUCCAAACUUCGUAAUAAAAUUUAAAUUGGAGCAUAAA